CCUUUUACUGUACUGGGAAUAUAAACAUCCACAAGGAAGACCACUCUCUGCUCCUGUCCUGCUGCUGUCCUGCCACAGGUUAUCUAUGGCUGUGCAGUGGUCAGUGCUGACUAUGUCUAUUGCUUCGGUACUGGGUUUGGUGCUGAGUGUCUGCUGUCCUGUCCGUGGCUCCCCAGGGGUGUCCCAAGACCUGGACUAUGGAGGGGUUCCUCUCUGGAUCAACCGUCUGCUGGGAGAGCCCUCUGUCCUUAGCCUACAGGGGCGCAUGGACCGGGCAUGGUACCGAGCCAAUAACCCCGAUUCCUGUCCUGACCUGUGUGACUGUCCAAUCCAGUGGCCCACAGCUCUGUACUGUGACCACGGGCACCUGGAAAAGGUGCCAGACAGCCUGCUAGACAAUACACAGUAUUUAUUCCUUCAGGGCAACAACAUCUCGUACGUGCCCUCCUCGUCCUUCACCAACUCCUCUGGGCUUCGGUGGCUCAUCCUGGAUCACAAUAAUCUGCAGGGGGAGGGUCUGCAGCCCGACACCCUGCAGAACCUCACCCAACUCAAAUACUUGUUCCUCAACCACAAUAAGCUGACAGCUGUGCCCUCUGGCCUUCCCAGCAGCCUCCGGCAGCUGCGACUGGCACACAACCUCAUCUCCAUCAUUUCCCCGGGAACCUUUGGGAACCUCAGUAAUCUUACCAUGCUGCUGCUUCAGGGGAACAGGCUGAGUGUGAUCACAGAGACUGACCUCACAGGCCUGGUGUCUGUAAACCUGCUGGACCUGAGUGGGAACAGAUUCUUCUCUUUCCCCUCCUACCUCCCUCCCUCCAUACAGCAACUCUACCUCUCCAACAACUCUCUGUCUGGCCUGGAGGAGAACAGUCUGAGGGGCUUUGCUAAUCUCAAGUUCCUGCGUCUGUCUCACUGUGGACUGUUAAGUCCUUCCAUUCAUCGUCAGUCCUUCAACCUGUCCUCUCUAGUGGAGCUGGAUCUCUCCUACAACAAACUAACCACCAUCCCUCUGGUACCCUCCACACUACAAUACCUAUACCUGGAAGCUAACCACAUACAAGAGUUUAAUGUGUCUAGUUUCUGCUCGGAAGUGGGCCCUCUGUCCUACUCCAGAAUGAAAAUUCUUCGUCUGGAUGGAAACCAGAUGUCCUACCAUCUCCUACCAACAGAUUGGGUCUACUGCCUUAGAGUUCUGCACCAUAUAUACAUCUAACCUUGACCGUAGUCCUCUAGCACACUUCCACACCCCUGCUUUGAAGCUUACCUCAACAAGAUACGGUCAAAUUCCACAGGCCUGAACAUUCCGAGAUAAAAACAAAUGUGUAUGCACACAAGGACGUCACGAACACUUACCACGUACACGACAUGGGUGCCUGUCUGGACGCAUGCUCGGUCAUAGACGAGCGCAAGCAGACGUCUCAGAACAGUCCCAUUGGAUUUUUUAAGAUUUUUAUCCAGACACAAUACAAUUCCAGAUAAAUGCUCCAGGAGCACAGCUGAGGUUUGUGUACCGCUUUGUCUGCUUGUCUCACUAGCCACUACAUAAUCUAACACAUAGCAGGUUUAAUAUUCCACUGUCUCCUCUUUGGUUUAAUACCAAAAUUAUUUAAAGCAUGAAUAUUCUGAACUUUUGCCUCUAGUUCGGUUAGUUUGGACAGGUGUCAACAUUCAAGAGCCCAACAGGUGUUCUAACACAAAUUAGAUUUUUUUGUAAGCAUUUUUCUCAAAUAAACAAAAGAAUGGUAUGAGCAACUGGUUUUGGCAAAUAAUUCACAUUUGAUUGACAUCUGGCAAAGUGAAACCAGCAGAAUACCAAAAAAAUUAAGAAUGCAAUGUGACCAACAAUCAAACUCAAAUCCGAACAAAUAAAAAUAAAUGACCAAAGAACCUCAUCCACCAAGAUAUGUUCAUACACAAAAGUAUGAUUAUCACCAAAGAAUUACAUUGAU